UGCAUUUUCAAAAUUCGCUCAAACUCACAGGAGUUGUAUUUGUCUUUGUAAAACUGCAGUUUCGUUAAUGUACGAAACCACUGGAAAUAUGACUUAACCAGGUGGAUUUACCAUGCGUGGCAAAUAGGUUAAUAAUCCCCAAAAAUGUUUAUGCCAAGAGCCCUGAAAGUGAAGAGACCUGCCCAGGGAUCACGACAAAUUCUGAAUAAGAAAAGCAAGAUAGAUCAGGGUGAGAGGAAAGAUGAAGGUGGCUUAGAGACACCUGUUCAGAAGGAGGAAAUAAAUGAAGAUACCAAAACACAGGAUGAGACAUUACAAGCAAGUGGAGUCUCUGCAGGUUUGACGGAGAGCUCAGUACAUGAGGAUGGACAUAAGUCUUCCUCCGGUGAAACAGAGGAAGAAGAAGAGGAGGAGGAGCCCGUCAAAUCAUUCAAAAAGAGCCAGAGAUGGCCGGAGCCAGGGGAGCCUGUCUGUGUGAUGUGUGGCCGCUAUGGGGAGUACAUCUGUGACAGCACGGACAAUGAUGUUUGCAGUCUUGAAUGCAAAGCCAACCAUUUGGUGCAAAUGGGAAUGGGGACUGGGGCAGAUGUGUUUAACCGUAAGGACUUAAAUGGAGAUAGAAGGACUACUCAACCUCAACAGUCAGCAGCUGACACCGGUGUGUUGGGUGAAAAUGAAGCAGGGUAUUCCUACAAGGAAGAUCCAUUCAUAUCAGGUCUAACAGAUGAACAGGUGCAGCGUAUUAAACAGGAGCUAGGCAUUGAAACCCAGGGGAGAGAUGUCAGGAGACCCAUCAUUGAGUUUGAACACUGUGGUUUCCCUGCCGUGCUGAGUGGGAACCUGAAGAAGGCUGGCUAUGAAGCUCCCACGCCAGUCCAGAUGCAGAUGGUGCCCGUUGGUCUCAGUGGCAGGGACGUGAUUGCCAGCGCUGACACAGGCUCAGGGAAGACUGUGGCCUUCCUCCUGCCGGCAAUAGUGCGAGCACUCGAGAAACCAGCACAGAGUGUGCACAGCCCCGUUGCUCUGAUCCUUACUCCCACGAGGGAGCUGGCCAUUCAGAUAGAGAAACAGGCCAAGGAACUGGUGAUGUGUCUCCCUAACAUGAGAACCGCCCUGCUGGUGGGUGGCAUGCCGCUUCCGCCGCAGCUCCACCGCCUCAAAAGCAGCAUCAAAAUUGUCAUAGCCACCCCUGGGCGACUCCUUGAGAUCUUGAGGCAGAAAGCAGUGCAGCUGGACAAAGUGAAGGUUGUGGUGGUUGAUGAGGUGGACACUAUGUUGAAGAUGGGCUUCCAGCAGCAGGUUCUGGAGGUUCUGGAGCAAGUCCCUAAAGAGCACCAGACUCUCCUGGCGUCGGCCACCAUCCCAACAGGGACAGAGGAGCUGGCUGCUCGGCUGGUCUGUGACCCAGUCCGUAUUGCUAUUGGAGAGAAGAACCAGCCCUGUGCUAAUGUCAGGCAGAUCCUGCUAUGGGUAGAGGAACCCUCCAAGAAGAAGAAGCUGUUUGAGAUUCUUAAUGACAGUAAGCUGUACCACCCUCCAGUUGUGGUGUUUGUAGACUGUAAACUGGGGGCUGAUCUGCUCUGUGAGGCCGUCGCCAAGGUGACAAGCCUCAAUACAGUGGCAAUCCACUCUGACAAGAGCCAGUGGGAACGCAACCGCAUCCUCAGGGGUCUUCUGGAUGGAGACUUUGAGGUGGUGAUAAGUACAGGAGUGUUAGGCAGAGGGCUGGACUUGGUCAACGUUAGACUGGUGGUUAACUUUGACAUGCCAAACACAAUGGAUGAGUAUGUCCAUCAGGUGGGCAGAGCGGGUCGACUGGGUCACAGGGGAACGGCCAUUACAUUUCUCAACAACAACAACAAGCGGCUGUUCCUGGAGGUGGUGAAUCGGGUUAAACCCACAGGGUCCAUCCUGCCACCGCAGCUCCUAAACUCACCCCACCUCCAUGAGCAGCAGAGAAGGGCAAGACAAAAGACCAAGCUGGGGUCUGAGGACACCAUGGUCACCAAGAACAACCUCAUAGACAUCAUAAGGAAACAUGACCGUCGCAAGAAGUAGCGAGUUCUUCCCAUCAUUCCUGCAAUGGUGCUGUCUAUUUAUUUAGGAAAUGCUAAAUGUAUAUGUAAAUUUUGUAUAUUGUCUAUU